AUGUGUUGUGGAGGUGUUGAGCAAGGAAAUGCUCCGAGAGGUCAACAACAGCAGCAGCAAAAUAAGAAAGAUGAACUCCAGAUAAAAGUAGGAACUGUCCAACAGCAACAGUCUCCAUCAACAGCAACUGCUAGGGCUGUUCAAACAAAUUAUGAUGAAUUGUUUAAGGUGAUUGUGAUCGGAGAUAGUACAACAGGCAAAACUUCUCUCCUUAAUAAGAUUGUUUCGGGAUCCUUUUCAGAGAAUUUUAUGCCUACAGUGGGUGUAGAUUUGAAAGUAAGGUUUUUAAAUGUGGAUGGAAAAACCAUUAAGAUUCAGAUAUGGGACACGGCAGGACAAGAACGUUUCCGAAAUUUAACUCGUUCAUACUAUCGUGGAAGUGAUGGUGUCAUCCUUCUGUAUGACAUAACGCAAGAGAAAACCUUUACUAAUCUUACUGUAUGGCUUAAUGAAGUUAAAAAGAAUAUAUUAGGUCUCAAUAACGGAGAGAGCAUACCGCACGGUUCUCAGCUUAAUCUCUUCAUUAUUGGAAACAAGACAGACUUGGAAAACUCGAGGCAGGUGGCUACUGAAAGAGCUCGAAAAUUCUGUGACACUCUCCAGAUGGAUGUUUUAUUUGAUGAAAUUUCUUGCAAGAACACUCCAAAUGAAAAGAUUGAACAAGAUAUACUAUGUAAACUAUCAAAGAAAAUUUUGGAAUCCCGUCAAAAGGAGAAUGAGGUGAUUGACUAA